GAGGGGCAGAGAGAGGGGGAGACAUAGACUUUGAACCAGGCUCCAGGCUCUGAGCUGUCAGUACAGAGCCCGACGCGGGGCUCGAACUCACGAAUAGUGAGAUCAUGACCCAAGCCAAAGUCGGAAACCCCACUGACACACUUCUUGUACUUGGGAUUUGUUCUUCAGUCUAUGGGUUUAGAGUUUUGCUCAGAUUUUGGAGAAGUUUUAGCCAUUAUUUUCUCAACUAUUCCCCUCCUUCCUUUACAGAGGCCCUGGUGACACCUGUGUUAGGCUGCUCGAACUUUCCCCCCGCUCACUGAUGCUCUGUUCAUCUAUCUCUUUACUUAGGGGGUCUCUUCUUUCUGUGCCUUGUUUCGGGCAGUUCGUACCAUGACGCUCGCACAAUCCGCAUGCGCGUGCUCGUCAGUACCCGGCUGGACGGUUCAGAGGGCCCUCUGCACAUCUUAGGUCUUCCAUGCAGCUCUGUCUUGUGGUGUUCGGGCGAGUGAACCCUUUCUGCUUUGUUCUGUGGACGCUUAGCACCGUCUCUUCCAUCCCGGUAGUAGGUACCUUGGCCCCCUUCUUCCCUGCAUCCUGGGACCUUGCUCGGUGCAGGAAUCUGGGGCAGUCACAGAACUCGGGCCACUUUUUUCCCUGCCUCUGAGGAACUAGAUAGAUUGGUUCGCCUGUUCGUGAACCUCCUAUAAAUAGGCAUCGCUGUGUGCUUUUGUGUCGGAGUGUUUUUGUUUAGCACAGUCAUGCUUUUGAUGCCCACCCGGGAUGCGUGACGUCAUGUGUAUUAGCAGCAAGCUGUUGCGUGUACCUGAGACAGUGUUCCAUGGUAGGAAUAUAUCAGGCUUUCUCUGUCCAGUCUCCUUCUGAUGGACAUUUGGGUUAUUUCCUCUUUGGGGCACUCUUUUUAUUUUUUUAUUUUUAAUGUUUAUUUUUGAGAGACAGAGAGAGAGACAGACAGACAGACAGACAGAGUGUGAACAGGGGAGGGGCAGAGAGAAAGGGAGACACAGAAUCCGAAGCAGGCUCCAGGCUCUAAGCUGUCAGCACAGAGCCCGAUGUGGGGCUCAAAUUCACAGACCGUGAGAUCAUGCCCUGAGCCGAAGUGGGAUGCUCAACCGAGCCACCCAGGCGCCCCUGACUUUUAUUUUAGUGUUUAUUUAUUUUUGAGAGAGAGAGAGAGAGAGAGAGAGAGAGAGAGAGAGAGAGAACAUGAGCAGGGGAGGGGCAGAGAGAGAGAGGAAGACACAGAAUCGGAAGCAGGUUCCAGGCUCUGAGCUGUCAGUACAGAGUCCAACGCAGGGCUCAAACCCACGAACCGUGAGGUCAUGACCUGAGCCGAAGUCUGAUGGUUACCCGACUGCACCGCCCAGGUGUCCCUGGGGCACUAUUAAGUAAGGCAGCGCUGACCAUUCUUGCACAAGACUUGUGGGCAUAUGCACUUAUUUCUGCCUUAGCGUCUGCAGGAGUGACAUUGCUGGGUCACAGAACUGGUGUAGAUCUAAAAACAUUUAUAAGAAACUGUAUUUGUAUCAUUGGAGUUACAUUCUUGGUAACAUUUCAUCUCCCAGGGAGUUGAGGCUUAACCUGGUGGUCGGUGUGGGGCCUCGUGAAUCCACGUGGGUGUCAGUUACUGGGUGGGGGUGGGGGACGCAGCACCACGUAUCACCAAUUGGAUAGGAGGACUGGUGUUUGGUUUCUAAGGCAGGUUGAGGUUUUGUAAGAUUAUCAGAUGCGGCGGUGAGCCUUGACCCUCCCAACGCGGGUUGGGUAGGUAAGUGGUUCGUUUACUCUCAGGACCAGUGUGCGUAGUGGAUUCCGUGCUGUGCCAGGUUUAGGGAGGAACCAUGAAUCUGACACACUGGUCGUCCGUGACCACUUCUCCUUCCACAGACGUGCACAUUCCCUCGGAGAAGCCAAGGGGCCGGGAUUAUCAGUCACUUGGCUUCCCCUGAACACAGUGGUGCUGUUGGCCGAGCACUUCUUCCAGAGGAGCAAGCAAGCGAUGAGGUCCGGGAAUGCCUCUGGGGUACUUUGUCCGGGAACUAGGUGGUUGUGCGCCCACAGCGUGGGAGCUAACACGCGAUCACAUGAACAGCACUGAUGAGUGCCGGCUCCCGACUCCCAUCACCCAUUUGCAGGGGGAUUUGUGGGCAGGGUGGGGGUGCGCUUCCGUGGGGGCUCUGGCGUCGAGAAUGCUGACGGGGUAUCCGAGGCUCCCCCGGGGAAUCCCAGCGCCGGCUUCUCCUUCUUCUCUGUGUAACGGGUCAAGUUCCUCUUUUAGCUCUUCCCAAACUCCGCCUGGACGCCUUGUUUCCUGGAAGGGAAAAGAGCGAGCAAACGCCCUAGGAAUUGUAGAGCUGACGGCUUCUCCUUCUGCGUUUUCAGCCAGAAGAGUUACCGAGCCUGCACAGCUUUAAGAGCACAGCCUUCAAAAAACCCAAGGUGUGCGGGGUUUGCAAGCAGGUUAUUGACAGCCAAGGGAUUUCAUGCCGAGCCUGCAAGUAUCCCUGCCACAAGAAAUGUGAAGCCAAGGCUCCGGGGGGCUCUGCACUGUCUGCUGCUGUCUGCCGUGCCGGGCCGUCCAGGCCCGUGGUGCUGAGCCCCGCCAUGGAGGACGGCCGCGAGCUGGACCUCACCUACAUCACUGAGCGCAUCAUCGCGGUGUCCUUCCCCGCCAGCUGCUCUGAGGAGUCCUACCUGCACAACCUGCAGGAGGUGACGCGCAUGCUGAGGUCCAAACACGGGGACAACUACCUGGUGUUAAACCUUUCCGAAAAGAGGUAUGACCUCACGAAGCUUAACCCAAAGAUUCUGGACGUGGGCUGGCCCGAGCUACAUGCGCCUCCCCUGGACCAGGUGUGCACCGUCUGCAAGGCGCAGGAGUCCUGGCUGAACAGUGACCCCCAGCACGUGGUUGUCAUCCACUGCAGGGGCGGAAAGGGACGCAUUGGCGUGGUGAUAUCGUCGUACAUGCAUUUCACCAACGUGUCGGCCAGCGCCGACCAGGCCCUGGAUAGAUUUGCGAUGAAGAAGUUCUACGAUGAUAAAGUUUCGGAUUUAAUGCAGCCGUCCCAGAAACGGUACGUUCAGUUCCUCAGCGGGCUCCUGUCGGGGACGGUGAAAAUGAAUACCUCGCCACUGUUCCUGCAUUUUGUCAUCCUGCACGGCACUCCCAACUUUGACACGGGUGGAGCGUGCCGGCCCUUUCUGAAGCUCUACCAGGCCAUGCAGCCCAUGUACACGUCGGGGAUAUACAACAUCGGCCCGGGAAACCAAGGCAGGGUCCACAUCGCCAUCGAGCCGGCCCAGCUGCUGAAGGGGGACAUCAUGAUCAAGUGCUACCACAAGAAGUACCGUUCGGCCACCCGCGACGUCAUCUUCCGCCUACAGUUUCACACCGGGGCUGUCCAGGGCUGCGGGCUGGUGUUCGGGAAGGAGGAUUUGGACACCGCCAGCCAAGAUGACCGUUUUCCUGAUAACGGCAAGAUUGAGUUAGUUUUCUCUGCCACUCCCGAGAAGAUUCAAGGCUGUGAACACUUGUGCAAUGACCACGGAGUGAUCGUGGACUUCAACACGGCAGACCCCCUGAUCCGCUGGGACUCGUACGAGAGCCUGAGUGCCGGCGGAGAAGUGCCGCACACGCAGGGCCCGGUCGACGGCAGCCUGUAUGCCAAGGUGAGGAAGAAGAGUGCCUCAGAUCCCGGCGUCCCAGGCGGGGCCCCCGCCGUCCCCGCCGCCACCAGCCCAGACCACGGCGACCACACCCUGUCCAUCAGCAGCGACUCUGGCCACUCCACCGCCUCCGUCAGGACCGACAGGACGGAGGAGCGGCUGGCUGCAGGGCCCAGGCGGGGCCUCAGUCCCCAGGAGAAGGCCGAGCUGGACCAGCUGCUUAGCGGCUUUGGCCUGGAAGAUUCCGGAAGCCCCCUCAAGGAUAUGACCGAUGCUCCCAGCAAGCACAGCGGCACACGCCACGUCGUGCCGGCUCAGGUGCACGUGAACGGAGACGCCGCGCUCAAGGAGCGGGAGACGGACAUCCUGGACGACGACAUGCCCGGCCACGACCUGCACAGCGUGGACAGCAUCGGGACCCUGUCGUCCUCGGAGGGACACCAGUCGGCCCACCUGGGCCCCUUUGCCUGCUACCAGAGCAGCCAGAACUCCCUCCUGUCUGACGGCUUUGGCAGCAGUGCUGGCGAAGAUGCCCACGGCGGCCUCGCCCCCGACCUGAGCCUCGGCGUGGACGCCCCUUUCGAGCGGGAGCGGGCUUUCGGGAUCCGAGAGGCCAAGCAGCCUCCCCCGGCGUUGCGGAGGCCCUCCGUGUCCGCGCAAACGCAGGCCUACGGGCAGAGCGGCUACUCCACACAUACCUGGGUGUGCCAGCAGCAGAUUGUGGCCGCCCAGCAGUACAGCUUUGCUCCCGACGGGGAGGCCAGGCUCGUCGGCCGUGGCCCGGAGGACGGGUCCGGCCUGCUGCAGGCCCAGCCCCGGGUUCCGGUCACCCCCACCCGGGGGACCGGCAGCAGAGCGGCCCCGCAGAGGAGCGUGGGCCCCGGGCCCCACCUCCCCGAUGCACAGCGGCCCCCUCCCGGCAAAGCCUUCAAGCCCAGGUUUCCAGACGUCAGGGUCCUGAACGGGACCGGACCAGAGCCCGGCGCGGACCCCUCCCCGGGCUCGCCCACCCUGGACAUCGACCAGUCCAUCGAGCAGCUCAACAGGCUCAUCUUGGAGCUGGACCCUACCUUUGAGCCCGUCCCCACCCACAUGAACACGCCGGGCAUCCAGGCCAACGGCCCCAUGCCGCCCGAAAGCCUGGGAGGCAGGCUGUGGGACGCGGGAGAGGGCCCCGGCAGGGCCCCGGUGCGGCAAGGCUCCCCAGGGGAUGAGCCACCGGGCGGAAGAUUCCGGAAGCUCAGCCUCGGGCAGUAUGACAACGAUGGUGCGGGGCAGCCGGCCUUCCCCAAGUGUGGAUGGGGAAAGACCCUGGGUGCGGAACAGGCUGUGAGCCUGGCGCCUUUCCUGUCUCCAGCGGACGCCAAGGAGACGGUGGCUGCCGCGUACCCCCCGGACCCCGAUGGGAUCAGUGGCAGGAACUUCUCUCCAACCAAAAGCAGCAGUGACUCACCCUCUCCCACGCCCGCGUUUCCCGUGUCUCCGGAAACACUGUAUGUGACGACGCCCCCGCGUUAUGCGCCGUUCAGCCCGCCCGGGUCGCAGAUGGGCAGCGCCAGCGGUCUGUACAGAGGCGCUCACGAACCUCGAGGCUGCCCUGAGAUCCCGCAUCGCGCUGUGGGGAUGUCCGAGAGCCCCGUCGGGCCCAAAGCCGGGACGCUCCGGGCUGACAUGCCGGCCGCGCCCUCCUCCUUCCAGCGGGCGUUCACGUCCAGCACCACCUCCAGCAGCAGCCCCGGCCAGCGGCGCGAGAGCCCUCCAUCCGCCGAGCUCCCGUGGGUGGAGAGCAGCCCCAAAGCCUCGCUGGCCCUGUUGGGGAGCGGCCGGCCAGCAGGAAACGUCCUGGGCUCCGGCGAGUUCCCCGGCUCCAGCCUCGGCCCUGACAGCCCCGGGCGGCCCCACCUCCCACCCGCCGAGCUCCAGGCCCCUUUCCACAACCACCAGCUGUCCCUGACGGAGCCACCUGAAGCUCUGGGCCCCCCGAGUGGCCAGGCCUUUCUGGGCUUCGGCACUGCCCCCGUGGGGAGCUGCCUUGCCCCUGGGGACGACCCUGGGGCCUUGCUGGUCCAUUCCCACGGUGCACCCCAGGCCCCCAGCACCCCGCGGACAGCAGCAGCAGCUGGUGACAGCGGUUUCCUGUCCUCCAGUUUUCUCACGGUGACGCCGGGCCACAGCGGCCACCACAGUCCGCUGACCCUGCCCGGGCAGCCGCCCCUACCUGAGAAGAAGCGAGCCUCGGAGGGGGACCGGUCUUUGGGCUCAGCCUCCCCUUCGUCCAGCGGCUUCUCCAGCCCCCACAGUGGGAGUUCCAUGAGCAUCCCGUUCCCCAACGUCCUCCCGGAUUUCCCCAGGGCGUUGGAGCCAGUGGCACCCAGCCCAGAUAAUGCGGGUGAUAAACAUGUGUCCGUGAACUUUGUCCAAGACACAUCCAAAUUCUGGUACAAGGCGGAUAUCUCCCGAGAGCAAGCCAUCGCCAUGCUGAAGGACAAGGAGCCUGGGUCGUUCAUCGUCAGGGACAGCCACUCCUUCCGAGGAGCCUACGGCCUGGCCAUGAAGGUGGCCACUCCCCCGCCCUCCGUCCUGCAGCUGAACAAGAAAGCGGGAGAUCUGGCCAACGAGCUUGUGCGGCACUUUCUGAUCGAGUGUACCCCGAAGGGAGUGCGGUUGAAAGGCUGCCCCAACGAGCCCUAUUUCGGGAGCCUGACGGCUUUGGUGUGUCAGCAUUCCAUCACACCCUUGGCUUUGCCCUGCAAGCUGCUCAUUCCAGACAGAGAUCCGCUGGAGGAAAUAGCCGAUAGUUCUCCCCAGACGGCGGCCAACUCAGCCGCCGAGCUCCUCAAGCAAGGGGCAGCCUGCAACGUCUGGUACCUGAACUCGGUGGAGACGGAGUCCCUCACCGGCCACCAGGCCGUCCAGAAGGCCCUGAGCCUCACGCUGGUCCAGGAGCCGCCUCCCUUGUGCACCGUCGUGCACUUCAAGGUGUCCGCCCAGGGCAUCACCCUGACCGACAACCAGAGGAAGCUCUUCUUCCGGAGGCACUACCCCGUGAGCAGUGUGAUUUUCUGCGCGCUGGAUCCACAGGACAGGAAGUGGAUCACAGACGGCCCCUGCUCGAGAGUUUUCGGUUUUGUGGCCCGGAAGCAGGGCAGCGCCACAGACAACGUGUGCCACUUAUUUGCGGAGCAUGACCCGGAGCAGCCCGCCAGCGCCAUCGUCAACUUUGUGUCAAAGGUCAUGAUCGGCUCCCCUAAGAAGAUCUGAGCCCCUUCCCGCCAGAGACAGGAGGGGGGCCCGGGCGUCUGCCGGGUAGCGGCUGGUGAGCCUGACGCUGCAGCCCCAGGAGGGGAAGGGGAUCCCUCUCCGGCUUUAUAGAUCUGAGGACACAGCCCGCCCUCUCCUGCCUCCCCUGGAAGACUGCUUCCCACACAUUCCUGCUGCCAGGUGCUUCCCGGGUGGAGGCAGCUGGGCACCUGCAACGCCCACCUGGGCUCCACCGCGUUGGAAGGGGCCGUGUAAGGAAACGUGUUCCUUGCACGCCGGCGUCUGUGGGAAGGAGGGCGCCCGGCCCUUUGGUAGUGGCCCUGCGAGAGCAGCGGGGCCAUUGCCGGUGCGGAGGGCCCUGGUCCAUCCCGUGCCCCCGGGAGGAGACCUCUCUCCUCCACGACAGAGACGCUGGCUAACCGAGAAGGGUUUGCACGUCUGACGAAGGCUCGUGCAGGUCAGGCCCUUCCGGAACUCUGGGGAGGGGACAGUGCGAUGGCUGUGAGGACGGGGAGGUCACCCGAUGACGUCAGAGAGCCUCGGCCUGGCGGGCGGUGGUGGCCCCAGCCUCCUGCUCACAUGCCGCGUCUGAGCGGCACACUGACCGCGAGAGGAGAAAGAAGAGGGACGUGAAAUGCCAUUUCAUGUAAUUUAUAUUCUGCUUAUGCCAAAUUAUUUAUGAUGACACUUUCCUGUUGCUGGACGGGACGGGUCCCAUCGCUGCGGGCCGCGGGGCCGAGCCCGUGUGGGUGCACAGGUGAUCGGGGGCCGCAGCCCCGACAGCCUCGACCACCUGCAGCCUGAUGGUCGACGUUGCAUUUCCGGGCUGCGGGUGACGUCCCUUCUGGGGAGGAAGGUUCCGGAGGGUGGGUCACAUUUGGGUUUAGACUCGCCCCUCUGUGAGCUGCCGGCCACUCGUCCCGCCUCUGCGGCCCCUGUGGGAUCCUGUGUUUCUAGCGUCCUGAGCGGAGAGACUGGAGGAACAGCACGAGGCUCAGACCUUCCAGGCUGUUCUUGAGCUGAGGGCCGUUGCUCUGCACCACCUUGGAGACCAAGCCAGCUGUGCCAUUCGUGCCGAGGGCCCUCCGCGUCCCCCGGAGCGGGAGCUGGAAGGAAGGCCUGGUCUUCAGUGUAAGGCGCCUCUCAGCCCCGGGAGCUGCCCGCCCUGCCCGGCUCUGCAAAGUCCAGACCAGCUCUCGGGCCUCCCAGAGUCGCCGACAGCCACACAGGAGGGGGUGGGAGUGUGUCUCGUGAGGUCUCUGCUUUAAGCGGGUCAGAGACCGACGUGGGGCCACCCACACACAUCCCGAGUGUGCGAGUCCCUGUGGGCGCUAAGAAGGCGGACACGGUCCCCGGCUGGUCCAGUAGCUGCACCGAUCACAAGUGCCUCAUUUCUGUGCCAAAUGUUUGCCUUGGUCUUCGCAGACCUUCUCCGCCGACAGGUGUAGGGGUGGCCAUUAGAGACUCUGUGGGUGUCUCCCGGAAGCGUUGGUGGCCCAGUCCUUGGCAGAAGCCACUGGCAUCGCAGCUUUCCCUUCGUGGCAGAAAUUCGGCCAAAGGGACCUGAGCCUGAGAUGGCUUCUACCCAGUUUGACCCAGAGACGGCAGCCUGGGUCCCGGGUCCUUCCGAUGAAGGAAGAGAGGGCUCGUUUAGAAAUCCGAGCAGGGGUGGGUAUGGGAUUCGGGAGCACAGGCCAUCGGAUGACCGAGGCAUCGGGGCCUCCCGUGCAGUCCCUGUCCGGAGCAUUCCAGAAGCCACACCCGCUUGCUUUUUGAACUGACUGGCCAGCUGCGGCUUCUCGCAGGGGUCAGGGCAUCAGGAAGUUCGCUCCCUCUCCAGAGCCAAGGGAAGCCAGUUCCGCGGGUUCUGGCGAGCUGGUAUGACAGAUUUCUCCCUGUUACACACCCGUUUCACAGAACAAGACGAAUCCACAGACUGGGGGCUCAGACCGCGGGGAGCCCUGUCCCGCCCCCCACGCAGGCCAGGGGUCACUCCGCGGAAGACACUGUCCCUGACACCUGGCCUCCGGGCGCCAGCAGGCACAGGGGUCCUGUCCUGGGGAGGUCACGAGGCCUGCCCCCCACAGUGUCAUAGCCAGGGUCCUAUUAAC